UACAGUGUCCGUGAUGGAAAUGAUGGACCGGACCGGAUCAUGGAGCUUGUGUCCGGACUUUUGAGCAAAGCCUGGUUUUUAACGGGACUUUCUGACGAGACGAAUGACAAGAGACGAAAAAAGAUGGAGGAGAAAGCGCUGGAGGUGUACGAUGUGAUCCGGACGAUUCGUGACCCGGAGAAACCCAACACCCUGGAGGAGCUGGAUGUGGUGACGGAGAAAUGUGUGGAAGUUCAGGAGCUCGGAGACGAUGAAUAUCUGAUCGUCAUUAAGUUCUCUCCAACUGUACCGCACUGCUCUCUGGCUACGCUGAUAGGUCUGUGUUUACAGGUGAAGCUUCAGCGCUGUCUGCCCUUCAAACAUAAGCUGGAGAUUUAUAUAACAGAGGGAACACACUCAAUCGAGGAGGACAUCAAUAAGCAGAUCAAUGAUAAGGAGCGAGUGGCGGCGGCGAUGGAGAACCCUAACCUGCGGGAGAUCGUGGAGCAGUGCGUCACCGAGCCGGACGACUGAACACACAUACACACACACACACUUCCUGGAGGAAUGUUGCAUCACCUCAGAAAACAAGAGAAGAGACUCAGUUUCAUCCCUCGUGUCCUCAAAGCAAACAGGAGAUGCUUCAGCUUCUCUUUACACUCAGAUGAAGAGGAUCUGAUGGAAAAAAACAUCCCAAAAACAACGGAAAACAUCAUUUAUGAGCUAUAAAACAUCAUUUAUGAGCUAUAAAACAUCAUUUAUGAGCUCUAAAACAAUUUAUGAGCUAUAAAAC